AUGCCGCUCUGUUUCACCUUCUUGAUGAAGAUCUUAGACUCAGCUGAGGUGGAAGCGGUCGAGGACGCGUUGGAUAUCCAAGACGUUUUUACUCAGUACGUAAGGGUAGUUCGGGAGUUGUACGGUAAUUUCACGACCGAAAUCUCGCCAUUCUACAAUGAAUAUCAUCAUCAAGCCACUUUCGAGAACGCAAUGCGAAAGCUGGAAUAUGACGACAAAGGAGUGAAGGUUGACGGUCGGCAGCAACACCAUCUGCGGUUUGCUGAUGACAUCGUUCUGAUAACAUCUAGCGUCAGCCAAGCAGAAUGA